UACACUGUUGGAUAUAGUUCAAUAAUUACAUGAACAAUGACAACAAUUUGAUUUUUUGAAAUUAUUCCAAUAAUGCGCAAACUCACAAUCAAAGUUGGAGUUGUAUAGUCAAAAUUUGUGCAGUAUUUUUUUUUCGCAUGUUGAUCUGGUUCAGCAUAACCUUUUUAGAAAUACUUGUAUAUAAAUAAUAUUAAUUGAUGGUUUUAUCUCGUUACAUUCAUUUACAAUAAACAUGAAGAAAUCAAUUUACAAGGAACGUUGAGGUCAACUUCUGAAUAUAAUUCGUCAUCAAUAAUAUAAAUUUGUAAAUAAUACAUUUAUUCAAAAUACAUUUUAAAAUGGAAACUGCUGCAAAACAAAUACUUGAUACACUAAAUCUUUAUGAUAAAGGAAAAAAUACAGUUACUCUAAAAAAAUUAGAGUCAGAUGUUACAACAUAUGUUGAGCUUUUUCCUAAAUUUAUAAAAAAGGAAAAAUACAUUGAACAAAAAUAUCAAGAAAUCGACAGUCAUCUAUACAGCCAAAUACUUGAUAGAAUACUAUCAACUUUAGAUACUUCUCCUAUAAAUAAUGAUUUAUUAUUAUCUGUAAUAAGUAAAAUUAUGGUAAUAGACUGUGUACCAUUUUCAAUAUUUUAUGAAUUAAUGUCAAUCGUCGAUAGUCAUUUAAAAAAGACUACAAAUAGCACCAAGAUUGACAUACUUAUUUCGACAUUAGCUAAAGUUAUGAAAAGUGAUGCUUUAUACUCAUCAAUUGUUGACAUUUGUUGCAUCAAUGGAAAUACAGUUGAAAAAUAUGAUACAGCCGAACAAAAAUGGAAAAAUUUUCUUCAACUUUUAGUUUCUUUACCAAGUAAACUAGCUAAUAAAACUCAUGGAAUUAAUGAAACUUGUUUUCAAGAAGAUAUAUAUUGUAAGCUAAUGAUUUAUCAUCUAUCUCGUGCAUUACUCUUUCUAAAUCAAGAACAAAAACAAUUGAAUGUAAAGCCAAGUUAUAAAAUAGUAUCUUCAAUGAUAAGCAAAUAUAUUCUUGCAUUUGGUAGUAACAAGUUUUCUGAUUUAAUUCAUAUUUUAAAGAGCUGGUCUCUAAAUCAUCAAAAAAAUAUGAUGUCAGUUAUUCGAGAUAUUUUCUGCUCCAUUGAAAGGAAUAGUGUUGAGUCAAUAGCAGUUUCUUUAUUAAAAUCAAUCAAAAAUCCACAAGAAGUGAAUCAAAUUUUUGGAGACAUAAUCAACAAUCCUCAAUGGAAGUAUAUAUUAACAACGAAGAUUCCAUUACUAUCUUAUUAUACUAAUAAUCAGCUCAUCAUCAACCUGAUUACUUAUUUAUCUCGUUUUCAAGAUGAACAAAAUAUUUUAGUGGAUUUAUUAAUUAAAUUACUAGAAAUAUGGAGGAAUAAAAGUGCCUUGAAUCAUAUCGGUAUUGCACAACACGAGUACAUUGCCAAAUUAAUUAUAAUGUCGGUACAAAUAUUAAAGAAACAGAAACAAUUAAAAUUGGAAGAUAAAAGCAAAGUAGAACAAUUAAUUUUUGAUGGCACUUUUGUGCAUUUAGCAUCAAUAAAUAUUGAAGUCCGAGGAAUGGGUAUGAUUACAAGUGAAUUAGUAGUAUCAUGUUUAAAAGCUGAUAAAAAAUCACCUGAAUUAAAAUUUGAUUAUAAUUUGUUGCCCGAUGUGGGAAAGCAUAUGAUCAAAAGGCUGCAAGAUUUCUCUGAAAUUAUUUCAAAAGAAUCAGAAAAUACCGAAGUUUCUUUUUUUGAAGCACAUAAUGAUGAUGGAGAUCAAAGAAUCAUCGAACUAAGUAAAUAUUGUUCUGAUUCUUUCCAUACAGAAGAUUUGCAAACCAUAAAUUCUAGCAUUUCAAAUGAUCUACCGUUGUCUAAAACUAGAUGUGAUGAUGUAAAGGAAAAAGAAGAUAAUAUAGAAAAAAAUGAUGAUGAUGAUCAAAAUCUAGAUAGUGAUGAUGACUUAAUUCAAUAUGAUUCAUCAAAUGAUAAAAGUGUUAAUGAACAUAAAAAGCCAUCUUAUUUACGUGACUUAAAAGAAAAUUUAAUAAAUAUAUCAGGAAAAAAUGAUCCAGAUAUAUUUUCUGAAUCACUUGAAAUUGCUGAAGAUUUAAUAUUAUCUCAACUUCCAAACGAUGAUUCAUCAUUUGCUCUAGAGUUAUUAAAUAUUUUAUUACCAUUGAAAGAAGAAGUCUAUGUAGAAAAUUUUAAAACAUUAAAGCUUAAAGCAUGUGUAGCGAUAGUUACUGUAUAUCCUAAGGAAUGUGCAAAGUUUUUAUGUGAUCAGUUUCAUUCAGAAUCAAAAGAAGUUACAAUAAAUGAUAGAUUACUAUUUUUAGAAAUUUUAGCUGAAGCUGCGAGAAAAAUAUCAACAAGUGUUGUGAAUCAUGAUGGAAAGAAGAAAAAUGAAGUAAUAAAAAAACCGAAAACUUGUUCAAAACCUGUGUCUUUAUUUAUAGAUAUGAGUGGUCGUAAAAAGCACGAAAUUUUAUAUGAUGACGAAUAUGAAGUUGCUGCCAUUUGUGAUAAUUCUUCUGAAAAUUGGAAAGAGAUUGUUGAAGAAAGAAUACAAGGAAAAACUAGAAGAAUUGCACAUCAAAGUAAAGUCUAUGAGACAACUAUAAAUAAAUUUAAUGAUGUAGCUUCUUACUUUUUUUAUCCUCUAAUGUAUGGAAUGAUGCAAAAUCAUACAUAUAUUUAUAAAGUACCUGAUGAUUUAGGUGACAUUAAGAACAUUUUAUUAACUAGCUUUCUUAAAACAUUGUCAGUAUUAAUGACAGCUUCAAAAAAUUGCGUAAUAGCUCCGAACAUGGCACAAGCUAUUUUAGAAUUAGCAUGGUCUUUAAGGUAUCAUGAAGAAGCAAAUAUUCGACUGAUUAUUAUAAAAACAAUCGCUGUAGUAAUUAUAAAUUUAUCGGACAAUAAUUUUACCACAGAAAUGUUGGCAUUGUUAUUUGAGUUUAGAAUGUGGUUGGAAGAUGUGUCAUUGAAUUCUAUAAAGGGUGAUCCUGAUAUCAAUUGCAGAAAUCUCGGAAACAAUGUUAUGGCUUUGAUUGAUUCUAUUGUAAUGCCAUCAAUAAAAUAACUUGGAAUGUA